AUGGUCAAUGUCCACCUACCGUCCAUGUUAGUGGUUGGUACCAAGGGCAAGUCAAACCAGGGCAUGCAAGGCAUGUGGAACACAAGGCACAGCUUCUCCAAGUACUGUCUAGAACGGUCGCCUAUUCCUGUCGUUGUUGUGCGGCCGGACGAAGUACGGCAAAAGAAGAAGGACAAGCGAUCUCGAGACCCGAGCAGGUCAUCAUAUGGCCAGAUAUUAGCAGCGACGCAUGGUGUGCACGAGUCAGAGAUCAUGGACGAUGCGGUAAUGCUGGCCACAGCCACACAACUAUCUUCUGCGGAUGAGGCUAGCCAAGUCGCCAAGGCUCUAGCACUCCCGGCGGAAUUCGAUCCCACGAUCAAGGGUAUUGCCCUCAAGUCGCAUAGCCUACAUCGGCCAUCUAUUGUCCUGACGGCAAAUCCCAGCAACCCGGGCCCUACGACUGCAAGCGACGAGACCCAAGAGGCGGCAGGGAAUGAGAGUGGAGCCGACAGCGGGCCAGAUGACGAUGACGAUGACGAUGACGACGAUACACAUGAUCUAAGGCCUGGCGGGCCUCCACAAGAGCUAGACCCGUUGAAAAAGAAAAGCUUCACAAAAUGGAGGUUGGCGAAGCAGCGGCGCUGA